UGAGGCUGCAGGAGGAGCUGGAUGAGGGAGUGAAGUUCCAGGAGGCUGCUGCAGAAGAAGAAGAAGAAGAAACAGUAGACCCACUCAGGAGAUUAGUGUCCACAUGUCCAGGUUGCAGCAGAAGCGCUGUCCCUCUGCGUAAAGCUGUGCGUAAAAGCUGUGCGUAAAGCUCGGCCGGUUGGACACAGUGGGAGCUCAGCGGUCCUGACGGCUGCAGAGAAAAUGCCGGGAGAUGGAUUCACAAUUAAACGUCGAAUUAGGAACUUGCUACGUUCUCCUUCGACCAAGAUCAAGAAGAACAGCCGAGAAAAUCUCAGCAGCAAGGUGACUCUGGAGAAGGUUUUGGGCAUCACCACCUCAGGAAACAGCAGUCUGGCCUGCGAUCCCAGAUCUGGACUGGUGGCCUACGCUGCAGGGUGUGUGGUAGUUUUGCUGAACCCCAGAAAGAACAGGCAGCAUCACAUCAUCAACACUUCAAGAAAAACCAUCACAGCUCUGUCAUUCUCCCCUGAUGGAAAAUACCUGGUGACAGGAGAGAGCGGUCACCUUCCAGCGGUGAGACUCUGGGAUGUUGCAGAGCGACGGCAGGUGGCCGAGCUCCAGAAACACAAAUAUGGCAUCUCCUGUGUGGCGUUUUCCCCCAGCGGCAAAUAUAUCGUCAGCGUGGGAAACCAGCACGACAUGAUGGUCAACGUCUGGGCCUGGAAGAAAGACGUAGUUGUUGCUGCUAACAAGGUGUCCAGUAAGGUGACUGGAGUAUCUUUCUCUGAGGACAGUUCCUACUUUGUAACUGUGGGGAACCGACAUGUCAAGUUCUGGUAUCUGGAGCACUGCAAGGCAAACAAGUCCAGCGCUCCUGUACCUCUGCUGGGUCGCUCAGGGCUCAUCGGAGAACUCAGGAACAACUUCUUCUGCGAUGUCGCCUGUGGACGAGGAUCUAAAUGUGACUCCACCUUCUGCAUCACCUCCUCCGGCCUGCUGUGUGAAUUCAACAGCAAGAGGAUGCUGGACAAGUGGGUGGACCUGCAGACGGGUGUGGCCCAGUCGCUGUCUCUGUCUGAGGAAAUGAUCUUCUGUGGUUGUGCUGAUGGGACAGUUAGAGCAUUCAGACCUGCCGACCUCAGCUUCAUCUGCACGCUGCCUCGACCUCAUCCUCUCGGCUCUGACGUAUCAGCCGUCACUGAAGCCAGCCAUCUAUUUAACUCCAAGACGGACGUCCGUUACCCCGAUGCCGUCGCCGUGACUUUCGACCCCGCCGGCUGCCGCCUCAGCUGUGUCUAUAAUGACCACAGUCUGUAUGUUUGGGAUGUGAGGGAUGUUCAGCGCAUUGGGAAGCUGCACUCUGCCCUCUUUCAUGCUUCCUGUGUCUGGGAUCUGGAGAUGUUUCCAGAUGUUCCAGGAGAGCUGGCUGGUCUGUCGUCAGGUUCUUUCCUCACCUGCUCGGCUGAUAACACCAUCAGACUGUGGCGGACGUCGGACGGGACACAAACUCAAUCUCAGAACAUCCUCAGCAGCGAUCUCUUGAAAAUCAUCUACGUAGACGGAAACACCGGAGCCCUGCUGGAUCCAGACUGUGCACCGAACGUGAAUGCAGACAAAUCGGCUGAUGGGCAGACAGCAGAAAUCAGAACCGGCAUCAGAACCAUCUGUGUCAGUCCGGACGGCAAACACCUGGCAUCUGGAGAUCGCCACGGGAUGCUCAGGGUUCAUGACCUCAGCAGCACGGAGGAGAUCCUGAAGGUUGACGCCCAUGAUGCUGAGAUCCUCUGUCUUGAAUACAGUAAACCAGAAACAGGUCUGAAGCUGUUGGCCACAGCGAGCAGAGACCGUCUGAUCCACGUCUUGGAUGCGGACGACGACUACAGUCUGGUGCAAACGCUCGACGAACACUCUUCAUCCAUAACAGCCGUCCGAUUUGCUGCCAAUGACAACAAAGUGAGGAUGAUCAGCUGUGGAGCCGACAAGAGCAUCUACUUCCACACGGCACACAAGACUGAGAGAGGAACAGAGUUCAGGCGUUCUCACCACCUGGUGAGGAAGACGACACUUUAUGACAUGUGUGUCGACGCCACCUGCAAGUAUGCCGCUGUUGGCUGUCAGGAUCGAUGCAUCAGGAUUUUCAACAUCAGCAGCGGCAAACAGAAAAAACUCUACAAAGGAUCUCUGAGUGAAGACGGGAGUCUGCUCAAGGUUCAGAUCGAUCCUUCGGGUCAAUAUGUGGCCACCAGCUGCUCUGAUAAAAACAUCAGCAUCUUUGACUUCUGCACUGGGGAGUGUGUCGCCACCAUGUUCGGACACUCUGAAAUUGUCACUGGGAUGAAGUUUACAAACGACUGCAAGCAUCUGAUUUCUGUAUCAGGCGACAGCUGUAUCUUCGUGUGGCGACUGGCUCCAGAACUGACAAUCAGCAUGAGAGAGAGACUCUUCCAGCUGCAACAAAACCCAAACGCUCCACCUUUCAGGACCACCAGUCCCAGGAGGGAGGCGUACAGCGCUCCUGCUCUGGGCGGUUUGUCCUCGGACAGCGACCGCGAGCAGGAAGAGGAGGACCGAGGUGAUGACAACAAUGAUCCUGAAGACAACACGACCAGCACUUCCUCUGAUAGCAGCCAUGGAGAAGACGACACAGGGGGCUCAGAUGAAGGACAAGACUGGGAGCCAACAAAGCCUGGAUCCGUCAGUCAGGUCGUCCCUGACCCCUCUAAACGUCCUCGGAGGCGUUGGUCUCAUCGUAUGGGCUCUCUGGAGCUGAUGGUUAAAUCCAUGUUGGACCUGAGGCAGCUGGAGACCUUCGCUCAUAAGAAAAGCCCGAGUUGCCCCUCGCAUGACCGAGAGAGAGUGAGCACAAGCAGCCUCGAGGAGCCCCCGCAGCAGCAGCUGGAGGAGAGAUCCAGGAGACAUCGGGCCUGGCCACCCCCUGACUGGAUGUCCUCAAACACUUCCAAGGGCAUCGAGGGGACCGAUGGAGCGGUGCUGUAUCCAGAACAAAAUGAGGACGACACGAGUCCGCCGGGCAGUGAUUACAUGGUGAAGGAGCAGCACUGCAGGAUGCAAGGGCGAGGAAUCCGCAGUGAGAGCCAGGACAGCCGAAGCCCAGAUAGCGCCUGUUCCCUGGGCUACGCCAGCAGGGAGUCCAGCCCGGAUCACAUCCUGGAUGAUUCUCCAGAUGUGGAGUCUAUGAGUCCAGAGAGCUCUGAUGAGGAGAAUCAAGAGAAACAGGAGGAAGAGGAAGGAACAGCGGGAGUGACGAGCAUGGAGGAAGCUCUGAGGACAGUGAGCGACGGUGUUUACCACAGUCAGGAGGAUUUCCUCAGGCAGAACUUUGAGACGCUGGCAGAAAGCUGCAGCUCAGCUGAGCCGAGCAGAGUCCCGAGGCUCAGUAUGUCUUCACGCUUCCUGGCCAGAGGACAUAAUAACAGAGCGAGGCCUCUGUUUACCAAAACAAAUGAAAAAGAACAAGACGGCCUCUCUGCGAAGCCGCCGGUGUCCAAAGUACGACCCUUAAUGGAAGCUGGCGAGAGCAGAAACACUGAAGAUAAAAACCCAGCAUCCCCUGGAAGGACUGAGGGACAGAACAGGCCUCCAGAGAGAGACGGUCCUCCAACACUGAGACCCCUGAAGAAGAAGACUUCGGGUUCCCACCUCUGGAGGUUCUCCAACCCUCCCUCCAGAACGUCGCUGCUGCUGCUGGACAGAACGUCGGGUUUGCACAAGUCACACUCGGCCCACAACUUGUCCACAGAUGCUCCUCGCUCCCCGGUGCUCUCUGGUGACCGGAGGGACCUUCGCAGGAGACCUCAGAACCUUAUCCUGGAUCAAGCACCUUCCUUCCACUUUUCCUCUCCCAGCUCUCCACAGUCGCCCCAGUCGCCGCUGCCGUGGGAGAGCCCCAGACUGAAGCACCAGCACUCCUACAUGAACCCCACGGCCAGCUCCAUGGCCAAAAGCAGCCGCUCCUCCUCUCUGGGGGACGGCCUUCAAGUGGCAACUCCACCUUCCUCCCCGAGCCUCCCUAAAAGCCGGAGGUCGUCUGAUGAGCCUCCUCUGCUCACCUCGUCUCCUCUCUCUGCUUUCCCAUCUUCUGUCUCACCAGCAGCAUCCCUCCUAUCGUCAGCUAGUUCCUCCCCAACUCCUCCCCCUCAUCCCACAGCUAAAGUUUCACCUCUCGCCCAGAGUGUCCCGCCUUCUCGCAUCCCGAUGCCGAAGCAGCCGCUCAGCCCUCGACGAAGCCUCUGUCUGGAGGUGAAGCCGAGUUGGUCUGGAGGUGCCGCGAGGGCUUCGACUCCUACAGUAGAUCCUGGAUGUGAUGCUGCACCGGGAAUCAAACAAGCACGAGGCAGGAAUCUGUCUCUGAGUUUGGAUUUACCAAGUUUCCUGCCGGUAAUGCAGAAAAGAGACUCAGUUACUGAAAGUGUUGGUGCUCCAGGUCAGGCGGCUGCAGCUAAAGAGCGCCCUCUGGUGCCUGAGCAAUCCCAAACAUCCAGCCUCCAGCCUUCAGAUCACUCAGUCACCUUGGAAACUUGCAGAGAGGCCGUUAGCGCGCUUCACAGCAGCCUGAGGAAAACCGUCAAUCUCUAUACGACGGUUCUCCAGAGCAGCCAGCAGCUCAGUGAAGAUCAGCAGGAGAUGAAGAACAUCUUAUCUGAGGCUUUGUUCACCGUAAAGUCUGAGCUGGACUCGGUUCCUCGCUCAGCCUCACAGUGUGACGGUCCCACAGAACAGAACCAGGAGGUGAAAGGUGACGGAGAUAAAACUCUGGCUCUGCUGGAGCAGUACGCCGAGCUACUGCUCAGAUCUGUGGAGAGGAAACUGGAUACCAAGGCCUGAUCAGACGGACUCACGGAGCAGAAAACAACGUGUUCGGAGGAGCUGAGUAGCACUGAGAUUUACACACAGAGUUCUUUUGUAGCUUCGUUUCUAGACUGAAAGCAGAAAUCAUUAUAUUUGAGGAUUAUUAUGCACUGAAAAAAGAAUAGAAGUUGCCUUAUUUUCAAGUUGCCAUAGCUCGUCUUUGUCUGUGCUCCACUUUUUCAAAUCAGAUUUCAUGAGUGGAAUGAAUCGCAAAAUGUCACGAGAUGAUGAAUUCACAUGAAGAGCAGAGGUAGUGAAAAGAUGCAGCUGCAUAAAGACAGUAUUCAUGAUGUUGGUUCCAUUUUGGUUUAACAUUGUAAAGACAGAACAGUGUUCUGACAGAGAAAUGUGGACCUAAAAAUGUUAUUUUUUAAUCUGAUAUUUACUAUUUAUGCUCUUGACGAUAUAAAUGUGUUCAGACUUGUUGAAUAUGGGCACUAGAUUAGCAUAACAAUAUAUUCUGUGCUGAGCUUUGAUAUUCUACUUGGAUAUUCUUGCAGAUUUAUGCAGAACAGUCGCUUACAAAGUGUCCCAAAUUUAAAAGCUUGAUCUGUAUCCCUGAAAUCUGUGGCCUAAAGAUAUGGAAACAUUUUAGUGUCACACCAGAUAAACAGAAAUGAGUCAGAAAAUUAUAUUAUUUUAACACAUUUUUCAAGCUAUAAUAAGAUAUAAUUCAUGUUUUAAUUAACAUUCAGAUAUAUGUUAUCAUAACAAACAGAAAAUAACCUUAUUGCUCUGUUGUUUCAACCAUAUCUAAAUUCUAAACUGGUCAAAAAUUGAAUAACUUUGUUAUAAAAGAAUGAAAUCUUGUAAUAUGUU